AUGGCGAUUCAAUCUAAGCUAUUACCCCCCGACCGCUCCAUCAAGCAGAUCCUCUCCAGCCUCACCUCCCUCUACCUCCGAAACCGCACGCGCAUCUCCCGCGGUGUAUAUCUCGCCCUCUUUGCAGCCCUUGCAAAACGAAUCCACAAUGCCAUUUCCGAACAAAAGGCCGCCUCUCAACAGGUGGAGCUGCGGAGACGCCCUGGCACUAGCAGUUUAGGCGACGAUGAACAACCACGCAAGAAACGAGUGGAGAUCAACCGGGAGUUCUUCAAGAGCUUGCUCCGUCUGUUGAAGAUUGUCAUACCAGGAUGGCGCAGCAAGGAGCUAAGGCUUCUUGUAAGCCACAGCGUAUUUCUCGUUUUGAGAACACUGCUGAGUCUCUACGUCGCCGAGCUCGACGGUAGACUCGUGAGCAACCUCGUGCGGGGAAAGGGCAAAGACUUCUUGCUUGGGCUUUUCUGGUGGAUGAUUGUGGCUGUUCCGGCAACAUUUACAAACUCUAUGCUCUCCUACCACCAAUGCAGACUCGCCCUCAGCUACCGCAAACGCUUGACCGACUACAUCCAUGAUAAAUACCUGUCGAAUAUGACCUUUUACGCCAUCUCUGCCCUAGAUGAUCGAAUUAAAAAUCCUGAUCAGCUUGUCACAGUUGACGUGUCGCGUUUCUCCGACAGCUUGGCAGAGCUGUACUCAAACUUGGCCAAGCCAAUCCUCGAUAUGGCUAUUUAUAAUUACUCUUUGUCAAAGAAUGUCGGAGGCGAGGGCCUCUUCAUUAUGAGCUUGCUGGUCCAGCUCUCAGCUAACGUCAUGCGCAUGUUGACGCCGCCGUUUGGCAAAUAUGUCGCCGACGAAGCCCGACUAGAAGGCGAGUUCCGAUUCCUUCACUCAAGGCUUAUUGACUAUAGCGAAGAGGUCGCUCUUUAUCAUGGCCAUGAGGCUGAGAAGGAUACCCUCGACAAGGGAUACUUUACCUUGAUUAAACAUGUGAAUCGCAUUUUGCGUCGGCGCUUGUACCAUGGAUUUAUGGAAGAUUUCGUGAUCAAAUACUUCUGGGGCGCCCUCGGCUUGAUCCUUUGCAGUGUGCCGGUAUUCUUUAAGAUCCCUGGUCAGAUCGCCCAGACCAUGGGAGACCGAACAGAAAACUUUGUCACCAAUCGACGGAUGCUGUUGUCUUCCUCUGAUGCUUUCGGUCGUCUCAUGUUCUCGUACAAGGAAAUCUCGGAGCUGGCAGGUUACACAGCCCGCGUUUCAUCCCUGCUCGAGGUGAUGGAUGACCUGGUUGCAGGUCACUUCGAGAAGAAGCUGGUGUCGUCGGCUUCGACCGAAGAGAAUGCAGCAGUCCUAUCCGGUCGCGGUGAAAUUAUGGAGAGCAGUUCUAUCGAGUUCACCGAUGUACCAAUUGUCUCACCCAACGGAGACGUUCUGAUCCGCAAGUUGUCCUUCACUGUUCACCCGGGCGAUCACUUGUUGAUUGUCGGACCCAAUGGGUGCGGUAAAUCCUCUCUAUUCCGCAUUUUGGGCGGGCUCUGGCCAGUCUAUGGAGGAUCGGUCAAGAAGCCUCCAUUCCAAGACAUUUUUUACAUCCCACAACGUCCCUACCUAUCUCGCGGGACUCUCCGACAGCAAGUCAUUUACCCCGAUGGCGUGCGUGAGAUGCGCGCCAAGGGUGUCACUGAUGCGGACCUGCAUGAGGUCUUAUCGGUGGUCGAAAUCGCGUCAGUCGUCGAUCGUCCUGGCGGCUGGGACGCCGAAGAAGAGUGGCGCGACGUAUUGUCGGGUGGUCUGCAGCAGCGCAUCGCGAUGGCCAGACUCUUCUACCACCGGCCAAAGUUUGCCAUUUUGGAUGAAUGCACAUCGUCUGUCACUUUGGAAAUUGAGAAAGUCAUGUACGAAACGGCCAAAAAGCUUGGAAUCACUUUGAUGACAGUCUCGCAUCGUCGCAGUCUGUGGAAAUAUCACAAAAAGAUUCUGCAGUUCGAUGGACAAGGCAGUUACAUCUUUACUGGGCUGGAUUGGGAGCGACGAUUGAAAUUGGAAGAUGAGAAAGAAGAACUUGACUUACAAUUGCGAGCCGUCCCCGAGUUGGAGCGACGAGUUGCCGAACUAACCGCAAUUUAG